UGGAGCAAGGACGGUGUGCACAUCCUCGCGCAGUGCUCCACCGAGUGGUGGCUUUGUGGUGUGAAUUGCGAAAACCUCGGAGUUCCCGGUAGAAGCACCGAUUCAAAGAUCCUUGCCUGGGCAGCCAUACGUGUCGCCGAUUCAGAAAUCGAAGCCACCGCCGAGAAGGCUCCACCCGAAGGUUUUCCCUGCUGGAGGGGUUGCGUGUCGUGUGAAAAUCAUGUGACUGUGUGUGCGUGCGUGUGUGUUUGCUAAGGCCAAGAAGCCAGACCACAUGGGUUGGCGUUGAAAUGACCAACCACCACCCCACCAGCCGUUUGCUGGGAAAAGUGCAGUGAAAGGAUACUUAGCGGAAGUGAACCCAGUGAAGCGCGUAAGGCUUUCACAUCCAACGACGCAGCAACCACCCCUGGGCACCAGAGCCACAUCCGCUCCUGUGUGCGAUAGCGCAACAAUGGCCGACACGGAGUUCGAGGAGCUCCGCCAGAAUCUGGACGCGUUGCCAACGUUCCGCAAGGCUCCGGCACCGUUCUACUCGUUGGUGGGCGAUGUCGAUCUGGACCUGGAGGAUAGCCCAUCGUCGAAGAGCUCCGAUGGUUCCGACCACGAGGAUGACGACUGCGGUCCGACACCGGCAAGCGAGCCGAUGAACCCAGUGCCGAAGGGGACACCGAGCAAGACGCAGCAGAUCAUCCAGACGAUCAGCACCAUCAGCAGCAGCAGCAGUACGGGCGAGGACGACGAAAUCGGCGAUGGGCUGCGCACCACCACCGGAAAGCCAUCGAUCGGAGCCUGCGGUUUGAUCGAUGACUACCCAGAGCAUCAGUCCACUGGCGGUUCGGGACCGGACAGUUUGCUCUCCGUGACGACGCACGGUCAUCCUUCGGUGAGUUCGGUGGACGUACAACAAGAGCCCGCGGGGGGUGACCCGCCAUCGGGAGGAGUUGGUGGAGCUUCGCUCCAUACGUCCGGCGCCACCGGAAGCAGUGCGCAGCUGGCACGGACCAGUUCACUACCGUGGAUCCCGGGACAGGUGGAGAGAAGGCGCCGCAAGCUACCGGAGAUACCGAAAAAUCGUAAAUCUUCCGUUUUGCAGCUACUCAACGGGCAGACGUCACUGGCGGACGAGCUGAGCGCCAGUAGCCGGAAGGUGCUCGGCAGCAAUCCCUAUGGUCAGUCACAGCACCCGACCGGACACGCGGGCAGCUUCUUCAAGCAGAGUUCACUGCUCGCCCUGAAGUGCAGCUAUCUGCUGGACGAAGACUCCAGCCCCGACUCGGAGCGGUUGGCGAGCCUGGGCGAUGUGGACAGUGGGCACAGCACGGCACACUCACCGAACGACUACAAGAGCAUGUCCCCACCGGUCCCGCAGGCCGCGUCCCCGGUUACGUCACCGUUCCCACCGCCGUAUGGUGGCGUGCCGUUCAGCCAGCUGGAGAUGCUGGAGGCGACCCACCGAGCGCUCCACAAGUUCAUUCCGCGCCAUCACGACGAGAUCGAGAUCGAGAUCGGAGAUCCGGUGUACGUGCAGAAGGAGGCGGAAGAUCUGUGGUGCGAGGGUGUGAACCUGCGCACCGGACGCCAGGGCAUCUUCCCGUCGGCGUACGCCGUCGAUCUGGACUACAACGACUUCGAUCCCACCUCGGUCGAGAUGAAGCGCGAACGGUACCUGCUCGGGUACCUUGGCUCGGUGGAAACGAUGGCCCACAAGGGCACGGGCGUGGUUUGUCAGGCGGUGCGGAAGAUCGUCGGCACCGGGACCAGCGAGUCACCGAAGGCACAACCCUGCAUACUGGAGAUCUCCGACCAAGGCCUGCGCAUGGUCGACCGAUCGAGGAACAAGAAAACGAAGGGGCCGUGCAUAGACUACUUCUACUCGCUGAAGAACGUCUCGUUCUGUGCGUUCCACCCGCGAGACCACCGCUACAUCGGCUUCAUCACGAAGCAUCCGACGGUGCAGCGAUUCGCGUGUCACGUUUUCCAGGGUACGGAGUCGACCCGACCCGUCGCGGAGGCUGUCGGUCGAGCUUUCCAGAGAUUCUACCAGAAGUUCAUUGAAACGGCAUAUCCGAUAGAAGACAUCUACAUAGACUAAACUGCGUGCGCCCAAAGGCUGAGCCGGGCAAAUCCCCGUCUAAGUUCACGCUCAACACCGCACCGCAGGCUAUCACCUUGGAGAAGACUUCCAACGUGGCGUUCAGUUAUCGCUUAUUGCCUUAUGUUUCCCUAACCAAGCAUUAGACUUUCGUUCCGAUCGACACGCGUUGGUGCUAAACUUCGACACGCACUGUUGGGUGCUCACCAUUAGAAGCCAUUAGCUUCGUUUGAGCGAUAUGCAUUUUGAUGAGUCCGGCAAACCCGUAGGUUAAGCAAACCCAGAGCAACCAAAGAGAAUAAAUGUUAGAACAGGCGACGAUUAGCGAUCGCCACCGUUCCUGGAACACACGUUCUGGUUCGGCUGGCUAGUGUGGUUCCGAAUGGUUUCUACGUGCUUCCUUCCCGAGAUUUUGUACCACACCCCCCUAUGCCUAUGAAUAUGUUCAUGUCCAUCUUCUGUUGGUUAAGUUAAGGAUCCACCUGCCGACCCGUAGAACCGCACACGCCCCACGCACGCCAACCGAUAGGCCGUUUCUAUAGUGACACCUUUUCUAUCGUCGUUUUGUAAUCACUUUUUGCUUUCCGCAUCUGGCACCGUUUGUAUCUUUUGCAAACGUAGCUUCCGGAAACUCUGCAAAGCAGCGACAGAGGGGUGGGUUUGGUGGGAAAUCUUCGACAACGG